CGCAUUCCUGCACAGCGCUCACACCGGAGGACGCUCCGCGGUGAGACACACGCCGCAGCGGCAGCGCCUCGCUUCGCUUCGCCUCGCCUCGCCGGGCUGGAGCUCACCUAAAGCCUCAAAGCGGAGGUGGAGGACGUGCUUGGGUGUCGGCUGCAGCCUGAGCCUCGGCUGAGGGCUUUCUCGUCGCGCGUUCGAGGACUGCGGGCUGCGAUGUCGUCGGAGUUUCUGGUGAGUCUGCUCGGGGAGCGGCUCGUCAACAGCGAGAAAGCCGAGGUGGACGUGCAGUCCCUGGGCGCCAGACUGUCCCUGGUCGGGCUCUUCUUCGGCUGCAGCCUGAACGGCCCCUGUAAGCAGUUCAACGGCAGCCUGUGCGAGUUCUACAGCAGGUUCAAGAAGAGCUCCGAGCACAAGGACAAGCUGGAGAUCGUCUUCAUCUCCUCGGACCAGGAUCAGAAACACUGGCAGGACUUUUUGCAGGAGAUGCCGUGGCCUGCCUUACCUUUCAAAGACAGACACAAAAAGAUGAAGCUGUGGAACAAGUACAAGGUGACCAGCAUCCCAUCUCUGGUGUUUGUGGACGCCGCCACAGGAAAGGUUGUGUGCAGAAACGGACUUCUGGUGGUCAGAGAUGACCCCAAAGGCCUUGAGUUCCCCUGGGGGCCGAAGCCGUUUGUGGAGGUGGUGGCGGGGCCUCUGCUCAGGAACAACAGGCAGACAACAGACAGCAGCUCUUUGGAGGGACACUACGUGGGAGUGUAUUUCUCGGCGCACUGGUGUCCGCCAUGCCGCAGUUUGACCCGAGUCUUGGUGGAAUCCUACAGGACCAUAAAAGAAUCUGGCCACAAGUUUGAGAUUGUGUUUGUCAGCGCUGACAGGUCAGAGGAGUCCUUUAAGCAGUACUUUAGUGAGAUGCCAUGGCUGGCUGUACCAUAUUCAGAUGAAGCUCGGAGAUCACGACUUAACAGACUCUAUGGAAUACAAGGUAUUCCCACCCUGAUUCUGUUGGACACAGAGGGUCACGUGGUCACGCGUCAGGGCCGGGUGGAGGUGCUGAACGACCCGGAGUGCCGGCUCUUCCCCUGGCACCCCAGACCCGUGCUGGAGCUCAACGAGUCCAACGCCGUACAGCUUCACGAGGGGCCCUGCCUUGUCCUGUUUGUCGAUGCUGAAGAGGAAGGUGAGCUGGAGCCAGCCAAGGAGCUGAUUCAACCAAUCGCAGAGAAGCUCAUGGCCAAAUACAAAGCCAAGGAGGAGGAGACGCCGCUCCUGUUUUUUGUGGCUGGAGAGGAUGACAUGACUGACUCCCUGCGGGAUUACACUAACCUCCCAGAGGCCGCCCCCCUGCUCACCAUCCUGGACAUGUCAGCGCGUGCCAAGUACGUCCGUGACGUCGAGGAGAUCACGCCGGCCGUGGUGGAGCAGUUCGUCGGGGAGUUCCUGGCUGAAAAGCUCAAACCGGAGCCCAUCUAAAGCGGUCUUCCGAGUAACAAACUGGACACGCAGCAUGGGACUCGCUCAUCAUCCAGCCCUGGCCCGUUCAAACGCCUCACUUAACCCCUCCAGUGUUCUCACCCGCCUCCCACUGCGGACUGUUAAAGCAAAAGUCUCAUUUUUACUGACGUUUUAAACAUUUUUUUGACCAUGUUUCUCUUUUCAUGGAGUCCUUUUUCUCUCCUGUGGUGCCUUGCAUUAACUAUAGUCCCUACAGUAAUAUAUAUAUAAAGUUUAAAAAAAAUGUUCUUUUGUACACUGUAGCAUUUCUGAACUCUAGAAAACCCAGCGGACCUACUUGCUAAAGCUCAUUCUUUGCUUUCUUCUUUGUAAAAAUCAUAUAACUUUUGGCUUUUAAAUGAUGCAAAAGCAGAAUAAAAGGCAUUCUUACAGUCGUAAUUCACAGUGCAGAUCAUCUAAACCUAUUUGAAUAAACCAGAACAACAGGAGCACACAGUUUAAAAAAAAAAAAAAAAAGAUCCCUCUGCUUGCUUUCAAUGGACCAGUAACCGAUGUGUUGUGUGCAUCAGAAUGCAAGUUGACGUCAUCCCCAGGAAGUGGUUAAUGGUGGUUUUUAUCUUGAUCUUUACGAGGAUUUUCUAUGAAGGUCCCCUUAUUUAAGAAAAAAAAAAGGGCCACGCCUUUUCUGGAGAAAUAUUAUUUUUAGAAGUGUUGAAUGUAUAAAUCCUUAUUUUUUUCUGUUACUGCUGGCAUGAUUUCACAUUCAUUAAAAGAAUUUCACUGACAAGCC